AUGCGGCAGCAACAAGCAUUCACAACAGAAACUAGACCUAAGAAACAUAAGCAAGAAGACACUAAAACUGAAGAAGUAGACUAUAUUUUCCAUCUGGAUGAGGACUCGGUUAUAAAUUGUUUAGUGGGAGGAAUAAAGAUUGAAAUGCUAAUCGACUCAGGAAGCAAGUGCAAUGUUAUCACCGAUAAGACCUGGCAAUAUCUAAAGGAACACGAGGUAAAGGCUUAUCAACAAAUAAAAAAGCCAGAUAAAGUACUUCUGCCAUAUGGAAGUAAGAAACCUUUAGACAUUAUUGGAUCAUUUCAAGCAGAUAUCACCAUUAACACCAAUAAUUCCCCACGGAGAGCGACUUUCUACGUUAUUCGCAAUGGGACGCGAAACCUACUAGGAAAAAAUACCGCAAUCGAGCUAGGGGUACUGCAAAUCGGCCUUCAAAUAAACGCCAUCCAACCACUUCCGAAGUUCAAAGACGUCAAAAUUACAAUACCAAUAGACAAAACCGUCAAACCGGUAAUCCAACCAUAUAGAAGGAUACCGAUUCCUUUAGAAAAUAAAGUUAACGAAAAACUGGCGGAACUGAAGGAUUCCGACAUCAUUGAAAAGGUUCACGGACCUUCACCAUGGGUAUCGCCGAUGGUACCUGUAUUAAAAGAAAACGGCGAAGUACGUAUUUGCAUCGACAUGCGACGUGCCAAAAAAGCAAUAAUAAGAGAAAACCACCCAUUGCCUACGAUGAACGAGAUGCUACCAAACUUUAGACAAGCGAAAUAUUUCUCCCGAUUAGACAAAAAAAACGCAUUUCAUCAAGUAGAGAUAGACCCUGAUUCUCGGUACAUAACAACUUUCAGCACCAGCAAAGGGCUUUUCCGAUAUAAAAGACUAAUGUUUGGGAUAUCCUGCGCCCCAGAGAUAUUUCAAAAGGUUCUUGAAAUAAUGCUUCUAGGAUGCGAAGGCACAUCAAACUUCAUCGACGAUAUAAUUGUGUACGGACAAGAUGAACUUUCCCAUGAUAAAAGGCUGAAAAAAGUAUUGGAAGUCCUGAAGGAAAAUGACGUUCUGCUGAACGAGAGGAAGGGCAUUUAUAAAACCAAAAAGGUAGAAUUUCUAGGACAUGAAUUAUCGGAGGAAGGUAUAAAAGCCCUAGGAAAAUACAUAAAAGUAAUACAAACCAGUCGAUGCCCUACAACCAUCGAAGAGCUCCAGAGUUUCUUAGGUUUGGUGAAUUUCGUAGGUAAAUGGAUACCGAACCUGACUACCUUAACAGAACCGUUCAGGAAAUUACUACGCUUAAAAUUAAACAAAACAACAAAUAUUCAAAAAUACUGGACAUCAGAUCAAAAUAUAGCGUUCCAAGACCUAAAAGAAAGCCUAUCAAAAAUAAAAACGCUUGGUUAUUACAACCCGGACGAUAAAACGCAAGUAAUAGCAGAUGCUUCCCCAGUCGGUUUGGGAACAGUACUCAUUCAGAUCGAUUCCAAUGGCCCCAGAAUAAUAGCAUACGGGAGCAAAAGUCUUACGGACUGCGAAAAAAGAUAUUGCCAAACAGAGAAAGAAGCACUAGCUCUCGUGUGGGCAGUGGAACACUUUAAAAUAUAUCUCUUCAGGAAAGAAUUUGAACUCAUUAGUGACCACAAACCCCUGGAGAUAAUAUUUGGACAGAGAUCCAAACCAUGUGCCAGAAUAGAAAGGUGGGUUUUGAGACUACAGGCGUUUAAAUAUAAAGUCAUUUAUCAACCAGGCAAAUCCAACAUCGCGGAUCCAUUAUCAAGAUUAUGCAAGACAAACACACUAAAACCAUUUGACAACGAAAAUUAUAUAAAUCAGAUUGUCGAAUAUAGCACACCAAUCGCACUGGACGAAUCGGUUAGAAACUAUAAAAUUUUUCAAGCGGAGUUAUGCUUCAAUGAAGACAUUCUUUUACGAGGCAAUAAAAUAGUCAUCCCACCACCAUUACGACAAAGAGUAUUAGAAGCCGCUCAUAAAGGACACCCGGGAAUAGUUGCAAUAAAGAAUCGACUUAGAACGAAAGUAUGGUGGCCGAAAAUAGAUAAGGACGCGGAGAACAUGGUUAAAUCAUGCAAAGGGUGUACACUAGUCUCUGCCCCUAAUCCACCAAACCCCAUGAGAAGAAGGGAACUUCCGAGCAUGCCAUGGAUAGAUGUAGCAUUAGAUUUUUUGGGCCCCUUGCCCAGUAAUGAUUACUUACUAGUCAUCGUAGAUUAUUACAGUAGAUAUAAAGAGAUAAAAGUUACAAGAAAUAUAACGGCAAUAGACACGAUCAAAAUCCUGAAAGAAAUUUUCUCACGGUUGGGGUUUCCCGCGACUCUAACUUGUGACAAUGGAAACCAACUCACAAGCGAAACAUUUAAAAAAUACUGCACUGAAUGCGGGAUUAAGCUAUAUCACACCAUACCAUAUUGGCCUCAAAUGAAUGGAGAGGUAGAGAGACAAAAUAGAGAUAUACUAAAAAGACUCAAGAUUAGUCAACUAGAGAAAAAAGACUGGAAGGAACAGAUAUUUACAUACUUAAUGAUGUACAAUAGCACACCUCAUCUUACAACAGGGAAAUCGCCGUCGGAAUUAUUUUAUCAAAGACAAUUUCGAGACAAAAUACCAGCUAAGAUGGACAUUGAAAAUAAAAUAACAGACCAAGAAGUAAGAGACAAGGAUAGAGAGAUGAAAGAAAUAGGAAAAGAAUACGGAGACCGGAAGAGAAGAGCUGCAGAUAACAACUUGGAAGUAGGAGAAAAG